AUGGCAUUCUAUAGGAGGCCUGAGAUGGAUAAUCUGGUGUUCACCAGGAGUCUGAUAGAAGAGAUGAACCAGGUGGACAUGAGGGCUGAAUGUUUCCCUUUGUGUCACCGGCGGGAGUUGUGUAACGUAGUCUUCACCCUUUCAACCUUGUGCUGGUAUCGCAAGGUAGAUGACACGUUCACAACCAUAGACAAGCAAGAUGACCCAGCACAGCUACUGCAGCACGUCAACAACCAGCAUCCGAGGAUAAAGUUCACAAUGGAGACUGAGCAGAACCGGCAACUUCCUUUCCUAGAUGUUGCCCUCCAAUCUACAGACAAAGGUCUCGUCACUUCUGUGUACAGGAAGCCAUCUCACACGGAUCAGUAUAUCAAUUACAACUCCUGUCACCACCCACAGAUCAAACAAGCAAUUAUUGCUACUCUCACUAGAAGAGCCAAGUUGAUCUGUCACCCAGAUAAUUUAAACAGUGAAAUUGAUUACCUCAAGAGAACCUUUACUGCCCUCAAUGGCUACCCAGCCCGUCUUGUCUCCAGGACUAUCACCAAAACGCUUGAAUCAUCAGAACCGCGCCUCAAGCCUGAACCAUCCCCAAUCAGGAUCACCAUUCCCUACGUGGGACCAGUCAGCCAUCAGAUAGCCCGACUAAUCAAGAGCAAAGUUCAGCACUGA